AUGGAUACUACUCCUACUAUUAAUACAACUCAAAAACCAAAAAAGAAAAAAAGAAACUAUAAGCCAAAACGCCACGCUAAACUUAACAGUACUGGAGGAACUGAUGAGUCUAAAACAGACAGAGAUUUUUCAUCUAAAAGCUCCAAAGUAGAGGAAUUUAACAAAAAAACCCAAAAAUACAAAGAAAGACAAGACAAUUAUAAAAUUUUACAAAAUGAGAUGAAACUGUGUCAAUAUAAAUUGCCUACUUUCAAACUGUUCAAAAAAUCACAGUAUGUUUAUUUAUAUUCUUUGGAUAUAAAAGAAUCGCACUCAACUUACAGAGCACUUUUGUCAAUUCCCAAAAACUAUCCAUCCAAUAAUUUGAAAUUAAAUAAAGUUAUAAGACUAAAUGGAAGCUCCUCUAACAAAAGUAAUGUUGUAGAACUGGAUACUAUUAUUGUUCGUAAUUUUAACUACAAAGCUAAAUUUUUUUGGAAGAACAAACAUUCUUUAUUUGUACAAUUAAAUUAUUUGAUAAACAGUUGGUCUGAACUGUCUAAUACUCAGUUCACCACAUUAGACAAAUUAAAACACCAAUUAUUAACCGAAUUGGUCGAUGAUAUGUAA